CAGUCAUCACUUUGACUUCUCUUUCCACAUUUUGCACAGAUUCAUUUCAUUUCAUCCUCUCAUCUUCCUCUUUGAAUUACACCGGAGCUCCAUCUCUCCCCCCCCUGGAAACUCCAAAUUCUCAGGCUCUCCACAUGCACAGAAAGAGAUAGUUGUGUCAGUGCAGUCAUUCAGCUGGAAAAUGGAGAGAACAUAUUUACUGGUCUGCAGCAGAUAUAUUUUGCUGCUGCUUAUGGGAGCUGUGGCAUUGCUUGAAAGAGUAGGGGGAGAUCCAAGAACACAGAUAGUCAAAGUUAUGUGUGGCCACCAGCUGGAGCAUAAUACAACCAUCUAUGUUCCGAAUUUUGUUGCUACCAUGGAGAAUAUCAGCGAACAGAUGCGUACAGCAGGCUUCGGACAAGCAGUUAAGGGUUCAGGACUUGACACCAACUAUGGUCUGGCUCAGUGUUAUGGGGACCUCUCUUCGCUUGACUGCGUGUUGUGCUAUGCUGAGGCUCGGACAAUUCUUCCUCAGUGCUAUCCCAACAAUGGUGGUCGCAUUUUUCUUGACGGUUGCUUCAUGCGGUCUGAGAAUUACAGCUUCUUUGAGGAGUACACAGGGCCUGAAGACAGGGCAGUGUGUGGCAAUGCAACAAAGAAAAGUUCUGCCUUUGAAAAAUCAGCAACAGAUGCUGUGAACAGCGCUGUUGCAGCUGCACCAGGCAAUGCAGGCUAUGCACGAGCUCACGUAGCUGUUCCGGGCACAAAUGAGUCAGCUUUUGUCUUGGCUGAUUGCUGGAAGUCAUUGAGUCAGAAUUCUUGCAGAAUGUGCUUACAGAAUGCGUCUGCAUCCAUAUUAGGAUGCUUGCCUUGGUCAGAGGGACGAGCUAUUAAUACAGGAUGCUUCAUGAGGUACUCGGACAAAGAUUUCCUCAACAAAGUAUCUGGAAGUGGAAGUUCAAGAGGAACCACUAUAGUGAUAGUAGUUUCUGUUGUCAGUUCCCUAGUUGUUUUGGGAGUUGGGGUACCUAUGGGAGUUUAUAUAUGGAAGCAGAGACGUAUACAAAAGAAAAGAAAACGAUCAUGUGAUGCACAAAAGUUGGUGAAAACCCUUAAUGACAGUAGCUUAAACUUCAAGUAUUCUACCCUUGAGAAGGCCACAGGAUCUUUUGCCGAAGCAAACAAGCUUGGUCAAGGAGGAUUUGGGACCGUUUAUAAGGGAGCUCUACCUGAUGGAAGAGAGAUUGCAGUCAAGAGGCUAUUCUUCAACAACAGACACAGAGUAGCAGAUUUCUACAAUGAAGUAAACAUUAUAAGCAGUGUGGAGCAUAAAAACCUGGUCAGGUUGCUAGGAUGUAGCUGCUCAGGACCUGAAAGUCUUCUUGUUUAUGAGCUACUCCCUAACAAGAGCCUUGAUCGUUUCAUCUUCGACCAUGUCAGUAACAGAUGUUUUCAUUUCUCUUUUCCAAAAAACAUAACAGAUACAAACAGAGGUCGUGUGCUUAACUGGGAUAAGAGAUAUGAAAUCAUUGUCGGAACUGCAGAGGGUUUAGUCUACCUUCAUGAAAACUGCAAGACGAAAAUCAUUCACAGAGAUGUAAAAGCUAGCAACAUCUUGUUGGAUUCAAGGCUUCGUGCAAAGCUUGCUGACUUUGGGUUGGUAAGGUCUUUCCAGGAAGAUCAAAGUCACAUCAGCACUGCCAUUGCUGGAACCCUGGGAUAUAUGGCUCCAGAGUACCUAGCCCAUGGCCAAUUAACAGAAAAGGCAGAUGUCUAUAGUUUUGGCGUGGUUUUACUAGAGAUUGUUACAGGGAAGCAAAACAACAGAAGCAAAGCCUUAGAAUACACUGACAGCCUAGUUACAAUUACAUGGAAACAUUUUCAAUCAGGGACCGUGGAGGAGCUCUAUGACCCAAAUCUAAUGUUCCACAGCUGCCAUAAUGGCAAUCCGAAGAAUGAGGUUCCAAGAGUGGUGCAUAUCGGACUUCUAUGCACCCAAGAGAGUCCAAACCUAAGACCAUCAAUGUCAAAGGUGCUACAAAUGCUAAGGAAGAAGGAAGAAAACCUUCCGGCACCUACUAAUCCACCUUUUAUAGAUGAAAGAACUAUGGAACUAAACAACAGAUGUGAGGACCCUUCCCAUCCACUAAAUGCAUCUGAUUCUGCAUCAAUUGCAACUUUCGAACACAGUUCCUUCUAUGCCAGAUGAUCACCAAGUUUGAUGGGGAGGAAAAGGUCAGCUUUGUGAAGCAUUUCGAGAAUCAAAUGAGAAUCUAGCUUUGCUCGAGUAAGCACUAGAUGAGCUAAUGAUGUGAUGAUGAUAAUGGCAAGUUGACGGCCAUGAACCUCUUAGAUAUGGUCAACAAAAUGAAGAUUUGGGUCCAAGAGUUUGUAGAUGUAAAGGAAUAAGGAUAUAAUCUACCUUUAUCAUGAGAUUUGUCAAAGACACAGUACUGUAACGAUAGAAUACUUACUGAUAGAUUAUUAUAAAUUUUGCAUCAAUUU